AUGGCAAGCUCUAAGGUCUUAGGGAUUGCUCUCUUUGCUUUGUUCAUUCUCGACCUUGCAUUUGCUGCCAGGGUCCCAGAAAGGGCUCCUGCCGGAGGAGGUGGGGGUGGCGGAGGAGGGGGUGGCGGCGAAAAGGGUGGCUCUGGGUUCGGGUCUGGCUCCGGUGGUGGCGGUAGUAAUGGUGGAGGAGGUGGUGGAGGUGGAGGAGGUGGUGGAGGUGGAGGUUCCGGUGGUUCUGGAUGGGGUUCCGGUGGAGGAGGUGGAAGUGGAGGAAAAGUGCUGAUGUGA